GCAACCUGUUGAGAACAAACUCGCCCCUCAGCGGCACGCGCGCGUAAACCUCCCCGCCACGCGCAGGCGCCUGAAUCUGCAGCACCGAAAGGGUUAAUAACCCCUCCCGCCCCCUCCCCACUUCAUCAACACGACCACUACGCACGGAGCGGCUGGCUGGAGGUUAGUCGGGCUGUUGCGGCGCAGAGCGGAGUGUGGACGCGGCGGCGGGCGGCGGGCGGCGUACAGCAGCGCACCCGAACCAACUUCUUGGAUAAAAGACGCCAGAAGGACCCGACUGAAAUAACAAGCGAGGUGCCAUGUCGGCGCAGAGGAGGGUCUCGGGGUUUGACAGCGCUCGGUCCCGUUACUACUGAGCGCGCGUGAGUAAAGAAGAAGAAGAAGAAGAAGAAGAAGAAGAAGAAGAAGGGAGAACGCGCUGCUUUUGGUGCUUGUUCUGGCUGCCGUCUCGCCUCCCCGAUGGACGGGCAACGGGGCUUUUACGAGAUGGACAACCCGGCGGAGAACCCCAGCAAGGCGGUGGAGUACCUCGCAGAGCUGAACAAGAUCAUCGAGACGCAGCAGGGGCUGCUGGAGAAGCAGCGGGUCCGGAUCGAGGAGCUGGAGCUCCAGGUGACGGACCUCUGCAAGGAGAACGUGUGCCUGAAGGAGCAGCACCAGCGGCACCUGCUCGCCUGCAGGCUCCAGCAGGGCAACCACUCCGGCCUGGUAGCCAUCAAGGAGAACGCCGCGCAGGAAAAAGCUGAAAGUGGAAGUUCAAGAAGUGUCAGGCGACACGCCUCUUUGCCCGUAGAAGUCUCAGAGACCCCUCUAAACCUUAUUGCCCCACCGUGUAGAAGAAGCUACCCCUGUCGCAAAUGGAAGUCAGCAUCUUUUGGACCAGACACGGGAGUCCGCAGCUCCGCCAUGACUCACAGACGCCGCCAUUACUUCGUGGAAGGUGAUGCUGCGGGCAGCGAGGUGGGCGCCUCUGUGGAACCCGGGGGGGUCUAAAGCUGCAUCCCAGUGAGCCACAGCGGUGGCCUGGGCCCCGACCACCUGGACA